AUGGCGUUGAACAUCAACAGUACAGUGAAGAUGCCGUCAGGUUACGAGAUCCCUCUACUGGGCUAUGGCGUCUACCAAACCCCAGCCGACGUCGCAGAAGACGUAACAAAGCACGCCAUCAGAUCCGGCUACCGCCACGUUGACAGCGCCACAGUCUACCGCAACGAAGCCCCCUCAGCCAAAGGAAUGCUAGCUGCCGGUCUCUCACGCAAAGACCUCUUCUACACCUCCAAAGUCCCGCCGAAGGACAUUAAUUACAAAGAUGCGAAAGCCUGCGUGGACGAGAGUCUGAAGAAGACUGGACUGGAGUAUAUAGAUUUGUACUUACUUCAUGCGCCGUACGGUGGCAAAGAGGGAAGGCUAGGUGCUUGGAGGGCGCUUGUGGAAGCUGUGGACGAAGGAAAGGUGAGGAGUAUUGGGGUCAGUAACUACGGAGUGCAGCAUUUGGAUGAAUUGGAGGAGUGGCAAAAACAACAACCAAAAGACAAAGCCGGCAUCCUCUCAGUCAACCAAAUCGAACUCCACCCUUGGCUCGCCAGGCCCGACAUCGUGAAGUGGUGCCAACAGCACAACAUCAUCCUAGAAGCCUACUCGCCCCUUGUCCGCGCCACACGCAUGGACGAUCCCCUACUCGCGCCCAUUGCGAAGAAACACGGCAAAGAACCUGGUCAGAUUUUGCUUCGCUGGGGUUUGCAAAAGGGCUUCGUGAUUUUACCCAAGAGUGUGACGCACUCGAGGAUCGAGAAGAAUGCUCGGUUGUAUGAUUUUGAGCUUGAUGCGGAGGAUAUGAAGGGGUUGGAGACGGGCAAGUAUGAGCCUUGUGCUUGGGAUCCUACUACGGCACCCCUUAGUUCGUGA